AAAUAAUAAAUUUAAAUAAAUAAAUAAAUAAGAUCCCAAAAUCAAAAUUUUGAUGUCCGAUACAUCCAACAAAAGUCCAACAAAAUUUAAUCUAUAUAUCCUGCGUUCUAAUAAAAAUCGGGAACUUCAGCGCGGACAACCACAAACUUGAACCGAUCAUACCUACACCAAAUUAAUUGAACAAGUGAACAAAUACUAAAACAAUUACUUUAAUAAACAAAUAAAAAAAAUUAAAAAAAAAGAGAGAGAGAGAGAGGACAGAUCCAAUGGAUCAUUUUUUUUCAACACCGCAUUAAAUGAUGCAUUAAAACAGUUCCUUCCCCCUCACUCCAUGAGUCUCUCCCAUAUCUAUCAACCAUCCUCUCUAUAAUACUCCUCUACAAUCGGUUUUUCCCUAAUUUCAAUUCUCUUCAACAAGAACUCACAAGAACAAGACUUAUCUACUCAAUCAAAUUCAAGAAACCAUGAACCAAACUUGAAAGACGGAGCUAUCGGUUGUUUUCUCAAACUCUGUUAAGGCAAAAAUAUCAUACCCGGAUUCAAAAUUCCGCGGCUUGAUUAAAAAAUCGCGCCACGACUCAUGCUAGCACUGAAAAAUAAAAUAUUGUGAGGAUUGUUUUAUCCAUUUAUCCCAAAACUCAGCCGUAACCACGAUGACCAGUUUGACGGCAAGCUUCGCCGCUCGAUUCUCCUCCGCCACCGCGCGUUUUCCGCCAGGCAGGCUCGUUCCGCGGCGUGAGCUCUUCGUGCACCCUCCGACGCGACGUUGUCGCUCCGGAAGAUUAGUUUGCACUGCGGAACCGUACUUAAUAACUAAAUUAGAGUCCGCUGAAAAGACGUGGAAGGAAUUAUCGGUUAGGCUAGCUGAUCCGGAUGUAGCCUCAAAUCCAAGUGAGUAUCAGAAAUUGGCUCAAUCUAUGGCGGAGCUUGAUGAGGUUGUUGACACAUUUAGAAGCUUCAAGGAUUGUCAAAAGCAGCUACAGGAAGCAAAAGCUCUGGUAAAAGAGGCGGAUAAUGAUGAAGACAUGGUUGAGAUGAUAAAUUCAGAAAUUGCAAGUUUAGCCAAUCAGAUUAAAGAGCUUGAAGAGAGGCUAAAGCUCUUGCUACUCCCAUCAGAUCCUCUUGAUGCAAGAAAUAUAUUGCUUGAAGUGAGAGCUGGUACUGGCGGAGAUGAGGCUGGACUUUGGGCUGGUGAUCUUGUACGCAUGUAUGAGAAAUAUAGUGAACGCAACUCGUGGAAAUUCUCGGCUGUCUCCAGCUCCGAGGCUGAAUAUGGUGGAUAUAAGACGUAUGUAAUGGAGAUAAAAGGGAAACGUGUUUAUAGCAAACUGAAGUAUGAGUCAGGUGUUCAUCGAGUUCAACGUGUCCCCAGAACAGAAACCCAAGGUCGAGUACAUACAUCUACAGCAACUGUUGCUAUCAUGCCAGAGGCUGAUGAAGUCGAUGUGGAAAUUGACCCAAAGGAUAUUGAGCUUACAACAGCAAGAUCUGGUGGUGCUGGAGGGCAAAAUGUUAACAAGGUGGAAACUGCUGCUGACCUUUAUCACAAACCAACAGGAAUAAGAAUCUUUUGUACAGAAGAAAGAUCACAGCUAAAAAAUAAGAAUCGAGCAAUGCAACUUUUGCGAGCAAAAUUGUAUGAGAUGAAAGUAAGAGAACAACAACAGAAGUUGAGCAGCCAGCGAAAGAUGCAGGUGGGUACUGGUGCUCGAUCAGAAAAGAUUAGAACAUACAACUAUAAGGACAAUAGAGUUACGGAUCACAGACUAAAAAUGAACUUUGAGCUCACUUCUUUUCUCGAUGGGGACAUUGAGACAGCUGUUCAGUCUUGUGCUACGAUGGAGCAGAAGGAAUUACUCGAGGAACUUGCCUUGUCCGCAAGUGCCAUGGCUACAUGAUCGGCGUGAUGCUUCAGAUCUCAACCUCGACGUGCUUUAAGGUGCAGUUGUGGAGGUACUUCUAAGCACAUACCAGUUGGAGUGUAUCUUCACAUGAGCAUUUGCCCUUAUAGCCACGAUUCUCUUGCAAUACAGAUCCAUAUAUUUGUAGUUUUGUUAAUUACACCAUCUUUUUUAAAAAAAUGUUAUGGUUGGUUAA